UUAUCCCCACUUUCGAACCACGAUUCUGUUGGAGAUUAGCACCGGUUACGAACGAACAACAUGCAUACCUAACUACUCUGAUAUUUACUCCUAUGAACUGACUAUCGACGUUGCAGUUCUUCCUUGAGUAAUCGUUUCAUUACAGAAUGUUCUUCAACGCUCAUUCCCCAUUGAAUCCAUAGAUCUACGAGUCUGUAAUUAGUGUUUUUAGUCGACCUUAUACAAGCAUAUCUGAAAGAUAAUUCAAAAAGAACGGAGUGGUUGAUGCAAAGAAGAGAAUGAUUGACAGUAUUUGUUCUGUCGCAGUUAAGAUGCGUACAUACAAACUGACAUACUUUAACAUCGUGGGCUUGGGGGGCCCGAUUAGAUUUCUUCUGAGUUACGGCGGCGUCGAGUUCGAGGAUAUUCGUAUCGAACGUUCGAAUUGGCCCGAAGCUAAGCCAAAAACACCUUUCGGCCAAGUACCAACUCUUGAGAUAGAUGGAAAGGUCUACCACCAAACUUUACCGAUUUGUCGUUACCUCGCAAAGCAGUUCAACCUUCUCGGCAAAAGCGAUCUGGACGCUCUGGAAAUUGACGCCGCCGCAAAUACUGUGCAUGAUCUCAGAAAAAUGGUAUCAUUGUACUUCUUCGAGCAAGAUUCGGCCGAAAAGGCAAAGAAAAAGGAGACCCUGGUUACCACGACGCUUCCCUUUUACCUGAAGAGGUUGGACGAUGUAGUAAAGAAAAACGGCGGCUAUUUUCACGGCGGCGAGCUUAGCUAUGCGGAUUUGUUCUUUGCCGCGGUUCAGCAUAACAUAAAAGGUUUCAUGAAGAAUGACGUCUUUGAGGAUUAUCCAAACUUGAAACAACUGAUUGAUAAAGUUCACGCCUUACCGAGAAUCGCUGCGUGGUUGGCGAAAAGCCCGAAGACUGAUUAUUGAUAUGGAAAGAAAACCCAGACUUUGUUACUAAGUUGAAAGAUUUCAGUAUGAUUAUACCUUGAGAUAGUGUGUUGAAAAGAAUAAUAAGAACGUAAUGACAAAAUCGUACACUUAUCAUUUCAUAAAAAAUAUACCCCAUGUAUUUCAAACAAUAGAUUGUCUUCUGUGUUAAAUAUAUCAA